AUGAAUGAGUUCAUUGGUUGUGAAGAGAUAAACCACUCACAAACAACAGACCCACCAUAUUAUAACAAUUAUAUGCAUAGAGUAUCUCUUGCAAAGCAUAAAAGUAAUCAUAUAUAUCCUGUAAUGUAUGUCAAAGAAGCACAAAAAGAUGCAAUACUAGUGCAUAGUAGUGAAACAUUUUAUAAUUCAGCUUUUGAGAAGAAUUCAGCCAUAAAGGAUACUACAUUCAGUAGAUUCUUCAAUUUACUUUAUAAUCUAUUUGUAUGCAUUUUUGUUGAUAUGCAGUACCAUUACUCAAUGUUUUAUUCAGUUAUAGUUAUUUUAACUAGCAGUAUAGGAGCACUAGGACCAGAUAAUUUGCAUCAUUCUGUCUAUAACUCAGAUUCACUAUCACUAUACAGGUUUAUAAACCUUGCAUGUCUGGUGCCUGGUGUCUUUGUGUAUAUGAUAUGUAUGUUGUAUCUGAUGAUCUACCAAGCCAAUAUAGACUUAUCCAAUAGGAAGGCUUGGGUGACUAAGAAACUCACAAUUGGAUUUAAUGUUAUUGGAUGUAUUUUCUGUGGAUUUAUAGUGUGGUAUCUUCUGCCAUGUGGAUUAUUUUGCACAUUGAUGAAUCUUUUCAUUCGAAUGAAGAUACUCCAUAUGAUAGCCGCAAUAAUAAGCUUAAUUAUUCCUAGUGAAUGGACGAAAGGACGAAGUAUUAUUUUUUUCACACAUGGCCAGAACAACAGCCUGUCCAUAUGCAGUGUUCUAUACGUUAACUAUACCCUUCUUUUAUUUUGGAUAUCUAUGGCUGUUGACAUUCAAAUGAAACAAACAGAGAAAUUGCGUAUGCAACCGUGCAUAUUUUCAGGUGAGUUGUACAACUCUUUGUAA